CACUCAACUUGCAUGCGUCGGCCCCUCCAAAGUGACUCUUUCAGGCCCAAAGGUACCCGCAUGAUGCCGGUCCGCGUCUAAACCACCACCACUACCCCUCCAAAAUUUCCCAUAAACUCACAUGAGAGGAGAAGGAGAGGGCAUAUGAAGCCCUUACAUGAAUUGUUUUGGGGUCUCUGUCUGCAUUGCCCGCCAAGCCCGAGUCUGAACCUAUCGAGGCACGCUGGAGGCCUAUUACACGGCUGCUCACAAGUUUUAGCCCGUCGAGGAGGGCAAUAUCAACGCCACCACCAUCUGCGUCGUUUCACUACUACUCACCAGCAUCUCACUCAUCCUUACCGGCCAUCCUCUAUAUUCGCGGCUAGGCGCUUCAGCACCGCUCCCGUCGCAAACAUGGCCGAUGUGAGCGGUCGGUACGAGUCAUGGGACCAGGCGCGUCUCAUCUCCCGCAUAAGACAGCUCGAGCAUGAACUCGACAAGCGGGAUGCGGCAUCAAAAGCCUCCGGAGCCGGGUCCGGGACCCCCAGCAAUAAGAACGGCGCCGGUGCCGGUGCCGCAGGAGUAGCAACGGACGGAGCCCCGCCGGUGAAGAAGAGGAAGAAGGAGGCCAAGCGGAUCGACUCAUCGCGGUAUUCCACCCGCUUCAUCGCGCUCAAGCUGGCGUACCUGGGCAAGCGGUACGGAGGGUUCGAGUACGCCACCUCGGCGAGCCUGCCGACGAUCGAGGGUGAGCUGUGGAACGCCCUGACAAAGUCGUGCCUCAUCUUCCCCGAGGAUCAGGACGUCGUCAACUUUGACUGCUGCGAGUACUCCAAGUGCGGGAGGACGGAUCGCGGCGUGAGCGCGUUUGGACAGGUCAUCGGUUUGCGGGUGCGGAGUAACAGACCAGUACCGAAGAAGCAAGAGGAUCCUGCACCGGCUGCUGGGGCUGAAGGGGAUGACACUCCCAUGGAGGGCACGGAAAAGGUGGAAGAGGAACAGAAAGAAAAGAAGCCCGAAAAGGCCUGGGACGAGAUCAACGACGAGAUCCAGUACGUCAAGGUCCUUAACCGUCUCCUGCCCGACGACAUCCGCAUCAUCGCAUGGUGCCCCUCCCCGCCGCCAGACUUUUCCGCUCGCUUCUCGUGCGAGGAGCGCCAGUACCGCUACUUCUUUACCCAGCCCGCCUUCACGCCCACGGCGACGACCGUCGACGGCACGCCGGACGGUAUGAAGGAGGGCUACCUCGACAUCGACGCCAUGAACCAGGCGGCGCAAAGCUUUAUUGGGUCCCACGACUUCCGUAACUUUUGCAAGGUGGACGGGAGUAAGCAGAUUACCAACUUUGAGCGGCGCAUGUUCGAGGCUGGCGUAGAGGAAGUCAAGGACGUGGGUACGGUGCUGCCGUAUCUGGGCGCCAGCGCUGUUGAUGGUAGCCAGCUUCCAAAGGUGUAUUCGUUCAAUAUCCGCGGGACGGCGUUCCUGUGGCAUCAGAUCCGGCAUAUGGUUACGAUUCUCUUCCUCAUCGGCCAGCGCCUUGAGACGCCCGAUCUCGUGACGCGGUUGCUCGACGUGGAGAACACGCCGCGGAAACCAAAUUAUGACCUCGCGCACGAGACGCCGCUGGUGCUCUGGAACUGUGUCUUCCCAGGCGACGACGAAAGUCGGACAUCAAACGACGCGGAGAACGCUUUACACUGGGUGUAUGGCGAGGCUGACGUCGUCGAGAACCUGUGGUCGCACUACCGCGAGAAGAAAAUGGACGAGCUGCUCGCGAACCGUCUCCUGGAUCUCGUCUCAAGACAGGUGCAGGGAACCGAGUCGAAAGCGAAGGGGAAAAGAGUGUUCCAGGGCGGGCACGAGGGAAAGUUGUCGGGCGGGUACGUGCCAAUCGCGAAGAAGCAGCUGACGCCGUCGCCGGCAGAGAUUAAUGACCGGUGGGCGCAGCGUAAGGGGUUCAAGAACUCGGAUGAGAUGAGGGAAUCGAAGAAUUGGAGGAAGGUCAUUAAAGAUGCCAAGCAGGCUGCUGCGGCGGGUGAUGGGGAUGAGUAGGUCAUGAGCAUGUGCUCCCCUAUCAUAAACAAUAAAGUCAAGCAGAAAGCUUUGAGAAGAUCGUAAAUUCAUCAAGACUAUGAGAGAGGUGUUA